CAAAUAUCCAAACAACAUCAGUUGUGGAUUUUUCAAACGAUAUCAUUCCCUCUUUGCAAGAACCAUGCUCCUUGAGUAGAGCACUUGACUCCAAAAUUUGUUUACAGCCCUUAUUGUUUUUUUGUAACGUCUUUCAUAUACAUAAAAGAAAAGAAACAAAUCAAUGGUACGCUUUAAAUCUCGAUAUUUGUUGUUUGAGGUGCUGUAUCCACAAGACAAACAAUUUCAUGAACAUUCGACAAUUCCUUCAGACGAAAGUAUCACUUCCUCUAGUUUAUCCAAACUGUUAAGAAAUACAAUAGCAGAAAACUUUGGAGACGUUGGAAUAGGCAAGGUAGCAUCGAGUUUGUCAGUGAAAUAUUUUUCACCUUCGACAUCUACAGGAAUUCUGCGGGUUUCAAGGCAACAUAUUCGACUAGCCUGGGCUGCCUUAUGCUUUCUGAGAGAAUUGAAUGGCAAGCCAAUUGUUGUUCGUGUCGUACGUGUGUCUGGGACGAUCAAAAAGGCUGAAUUAGCUGCUAUCGACAGAAAUACUACAGAUAUCCGACUACUUUCUAAUCUAAAUGACAUUGUUCAAAAUGCCUAACUACACAAUCCAUGCUUGCUGGCAUAUCUUGUUUCUUUCGGUUUUUAGCAAACAGUAUUUAUUUUUUUUUCCUAAUCAAAACUAGCGAUUCUAGGAAAGCAUCGUUGUUUUAAAAUAAAAAUAGAAAAUAAAAAGAAUCAUAUAAUACAAAGAGUCGAAUUUCAUGUUCUUCUCUACUUUUUGAAGAACUAUGAGACCAAGAAUUCUCGUUUGUUUAUUUGUUUACAUGUAAAAAAAUUGGAUCCAGCCAAAGAGCAGUCACAAAUGUUUCAAGAAUUACUAUAUAUAUUGGAAACUACCCUCCGACUACCAAUAAGGCACUUUUGGUCAUGUUAUAUAGACAUGAAAGUUGCUUUGUUUAUAGAAGGUAAGAACUAUUGAAAACUGCGAAACAUGAAAAUAGCUUCAGAGGAUGCAAGAAAUAUACCCAAAUUUUAUAGCAAGGCAUACGGGGUAGCCGUUUUGGUUGCCUUCUUGCAAUGAUAACAGUUUUGUCAUAGUUACACUGAUGAAGCACAUAUCGCGUUUCUUUUUUUUUUAUUAAAUGGUCACUAACCUAUAUAGAUUGCAAUGAUUGUACAGUAAAAUAAUACUAGUUUUCAAGGAAAAUGAAGUAGAAAAAUAAUGAUUAUCUUUUAUUUUAAUUAUACAG